UUUCGCUCCUGGGAGGAUGAGCGAUCUGUCGACUUGGGUAUCUAUGAUGUCGGGUUGGCUCUUCUGUCUGCCCUCGUUUGCUAGCUUAUCUGCUUCCUCAUUUCCGUGUAUUCCCGCAUGGCCCUUGACCCAUGUUAAUCUUGUCUCCGUUCGCCGCCAGGAAGAAGCCUUGGUCUUCCCAUUUUUGGAGACUUUUGAUCUCUAUUGUCUCUUUAAUCGCUAGCAUUUCCGCUAUUUGGUUGGAUGGGCCGAGUUCGUUCGGGACUUUUAUUGCUUUGUUUUCUCGGUCGUCGUCUUCGAAGCUUCGAGUUCUAUUGUUUCUUUGUCGGGGUUCUCUGCGUGUUCGCGGCUCGGUGCUGUUCGGCUGUGGUUGGUUUCCUCUUCCGUGAAGAUUCUAAAUACGUCUGCGAUGUUGCCCGUUGUUGUGACUCUUUGGUCUAUGUCAAUCGUUCGUUCCCC